AUGAGCAAGGCUUUGCAACGACUGCAGCAAUGUCUUGAGCGACAGGCGCAGUUCUGCGGGUUGAAUGCGUUCGUCACCCGCGCCAAUGCCACACAACUCCAGGACGCAGCUGGUGCCAUAGUCGACAACCAGUCUGAAGGUAUGGNNCUUCCAUCUUCACUACCUAGCAAGACACUGACGAGGACAGGUUCAGCACUCACCGGAAGGAUAAUCGCCAUAAAAGACAAUAUCGUCACGAAAGACUACCCGACCACGGCAUCUUCANAAAUCCUCGACGCAUACAACUCACCAUACAAUGCGACUGUUGUCGACAAACUUGCAUCAGCUGGCGCCCUGAUAUGCGGAAAGACCAACUUGGACGAGUUCGGAAUGGGAUCACACACCCGACCAGUGUUCACAUCAACCACACAAAGUCCAUACAAGCGCAAUGGACAAGCUCUUUCGGCAGGUGGAAGCAGUGGAGGAAGUGCAGUAGCAGUCGCGACAGGUCAGGCUUGGGCUGCGCUUGGAACAGAUACUGGAGGUUCGGUUAGAUUGCCGGCUGCAUAUACUGGUACUGUUGGCUUUAAGCCCAGCUACGGUCGGCUUAGUCGAUGGGGCGUCAUCGCAUAUGCCAAUUCACUGGAUACUGUUGGCACUUUGACUCAGACUGUUGGGCACGCUCGGGACAUCUUCAAUGCGCUGGAUGGCUUUGAUCAUAUGGAUCCUACGAGCUUGUCCAAGACGGUUCGUGACAGGAUUGCAGGUCAAACCACCGCCUGGUCUGAGAAAAGGAAAUUGCGUAUCGGCAUUCCGCUAGACUACAACACUGCUUCACUAUCUCCCGAGGUCUGUCAAACCUGGUCUCAGCUAUUGUCAACACUGCAGNAUGCUGGACACUGGCUUCAUCCAGUGUCCCUACGUUCAACGCAUCAAGCACUUUCGGCAUACUACGUCUUGGCUCCAGCAGAGGCAUCCUCCAACCUCGCCAAGUACGAUGGUGUACGCUAUGGUAACCGUACCUCAGGUCCUGAUGCCAACCCGAAAGAGAACCUUCCAUUAUUUGCCGCCACCAGAGGUGAAGGAUUUGGUCCCGAGGUUCAACGCCGUAUCCUUUUGGGAGCUUACACGCUGAGUUCGGAAGCCAUGGACAAUUACUUUGUGCAAGCGCAACGAGUGCGCAGACUGGUGCAAAUGGACUUUGAUAAUGUGUUUACCCUGCAGAAUCCAUUGUUGGAUACACGAACCGAGAAGUCGAGCGAUGCAACCACUGUUGACGUUUUGAUUGCACCGACCGCUCCGACAUUGCCACCAACGUUGGCCGAGGUGGAAAAGCUGAGCCCGGUCGAGAUGUACAUGAAUGAUGUGUUGACAGUACCUGCGAGUCUGGCAGGGUUGCCUGCUCUGAGUGUACCCGUCAAGCUACAAGGUGGUGCCAAAGAAACAGGAGAUGUUGAUUCUGUUGGCAUGCAGGUGAUUGGACAAUUUGGCGAUGAUGCGCUAGUCCUCCAAGUGGGUCAAAUCAUCGAGAGCCUACAAGCCAAAAGUGCUUGA